GGAGUUCCUCCCUUGGCUCUCGCCACAGCAUAGAUUUGCAUCGCUCCUCUUUUUAACUCCUUUAUACCAGAAUGGCGGAUCCAUUAAGCGUCGCUGCUUCAGUGCUUGCGGUUGUAACAGCCGCUGCACAGUCAACCAGGUCUCUUUAUGACACCAUUAGACGGUUUCAAGAUCGUAGCAAGACAUUAAGAAGGCUGCAAGAUGAACUUGAGGAUCUUGCUAAUAUACUAAGUUCGCUAGCACAAGUCGUCACUUCUGAAACGACGAUGUUGGAGCUCCUACAAAGGCCGAUUGACCGAUGCAGUCAAGUAUGCCGCGACUUUGAAGCAUCGAUGAAAACGUUCAGCGGAAAGUCAAAACCAGGAUUUCGAGACUGGACGAAAAUGGAGUUUAUGAGAGGCGACAUCAACGACUUCAUAGACACCAUCGCGGAAUACAAAUCAACUAUUUCAGUCGGGCUUGGCACUAUCAACCUACAUACCUCCAAGAUUUCCCACCAGGCUCUUCAAGAGUAUAAUGAGAUGAUUCAGGAUACAGUCUACAACCUUGAACUCCGCCUGCGACGAAUUGACGAGAAGAUGGCACAAUUCCCCCUCAAUGACUGUGAUGCUUCAAGUACAAGCAUUGAUUUGAAAGAUGAAAGAGCUGUGACCCAACAAUGUAUCCGCGUUUGCAAAGAUGCAAGGUCUUACAUCGAGUCCCUAAUAAGCCGCGAUUCAUCGUUACUGCCACAUCUACAUGUAUCUCAUAACGGCAGUGAAGACGUGCAGGGCAUUUCCGAAGCACAGCAGAGAACACGCCAAGUUUUGGAUGAAAGUCAAAGUCAGUUUGAAGACGUCAUCGGCCACCUUCAAAGACGCCUCCAGUCCCUUCUCCUGGAAAGGGAACCAAAUGAUACGGAGAGGUUACGAUUACAGGAAGACAUAGAUAUUUCGAGACAAUGUCUAGAGGUGUGUAAGACGGCUAGUGAAGUUUCUCGGCAGAAAAUUUACAGAGUUGGGGAAGUGGUUGCGGAUGGCGAAAGUGAUCAAGUAGUGGUGACUACUUUAGCGGACCUAUUCGAUGUCAAGAAAGCGUCGUCCAAAGGCAAUUCUGCCCAAUUAGUCGGCUCAAUGACUCCAGAGAAUCUUCGACACUUGACGGAGGAACGUUAUAAAAGCCGAUUCGGGGCUCUAGCGGCUAACUCCGAUCGUGUCAAAACUUCAUCCACUGGCUCGCUACCUGGUCCCGAAGGUGAGAGAGGUAAAUAUGAAUCACGAAAUACAAGUGAGCAGGACGAACUGUCUUCUGAACCGCAAGCGAGACAUAUCAGGCCGUCUUCUAACGAAAUUAGAAAACGGGCGACGGGUGGUGACAGAUUCUAGUUUUGAGUUGAGGGCUGUUGCAGGCAUUUCUUGUCGCUAGCUGCUACUGUCUGUGGUCUACGUGGCUUUUAAGUCAUCACAUCGUCUUUGACCAGCCAUGACUUUUGUGCCCUUGUUCCUUGGGUUCCUAGAUACCUUAUGUAGAUUUAAUCUCUUAUGGUCUAUGUGUCUUACAUGGAGGAUUUGUGAUGGCUGGGUUCUAUCCUAGAUGAACAUUGUCCUUUGUUGCUCGUCAUCGCUUGCUAUAUGUAGUGUCUCAAGUCUGAUGUUUCACAGUAUCUUCCACGCUGAUUUAGAACUCAUAGUGACAAAGCUAGUAAAUUUUUCAUCCAGUAUUUCAAAAUUGCAUUUAAAUGGCAGUUGGCUAAAACGGAAGUUCAUACAAUUUCCUAUUGCCAAGGCUGCGUAAUUAUACUGUAGUCCUGAACUAGUGUCCUAGGGACCAUUGGGAUCGAAUUUGAAUGAAUGAAUGCUGUAGUGCCGAUGUAUCCGGAUACAGCUGAGCAGAUACCGCAGUAGAGAAAUUCGAAGUUCAUGGUACUGGCUGGUAGAAAACAUAAACUUCGUAGAUGUGGCCGUCACAAACUGUUGAGCUCAGGAAUGGUAUCUGGUGCUACCACACUGAAGUCCAAGUUGGUUGGGCUUUGUCCAAUGAGGGCGCUCGAGUAGUUGAAAAUCCAGACUGUGCACCCUCGAACAGCCAGGAAAGAAACUCCAUCGCCCAUUUCUAUCAAUAAGUCGGUCACAAAAUGCCUACGGCGAAUAGUUUGGCCGCAACGGGUCACCUGUCGCUAAGGCCUUGCGUAAACGCGCUAGACUGCAGCGUCAGAGAGAGGGCCCCGUCCGCGCUCCCUCGUGGGGAGGCAAGUGUCUUUGUAUUGUAAUGGCAAUAUGAAUCUAUGUACACAGGGAGGUGGGUGGGAAAAUCAAGUCUUGACUGCGUGAGGAUGACGAGCAACUUGUGGAGGUGAGCGGCUGACUCUCACCAGGCAGUUGUGAAGCAGCCUGCAGU